CAAAGAUGAAUUAUUUACCCUCUGACAAGCAGUUCUUACUGCUAUGGUUUAAGAAUUUCAUUGAAAUAGAAGCCAAAGUGAAUGAAGAGGAUGCUGGGCAUGAACAAGAGGUAAAUCUCAGGAAAUUACCUAUGGAGGUCAGCCAGAGUGUCCAUUUUACUCAGAUGGAUGACAUACAUGACAUGGGCGUUGUCACAGAUCCUAGAUUUGAAGGAACAACCUGAGAUCUUAGUGAUUCUUUAGGGUUAAGGACCCAGAUAGUCAAUAACAACCUUGAAGAUUUUGAGUCCUUCAGGAGAUCAAACAGGACUUUCAAACAUGACAGAGCAGAAAGUAAUGCUGCUGGUAAUUCUAAGAGGUCUGUCUCUCCAAUGAUUAAGUCUGUAUUUUCUUCUGAGAGAGAAAUAAACAAUCUGAAAUUUGAGGAUAUCCAAGAUUUUAACUUCCUGCAAAAUUUACUACAAUUAAUUGAUGAGAAUGAGUUUAUCAUUGAUGACAACAUGAGUAAUGAGAACUUGAUCAACCAUAUCACAUAUAUGCUGAAACAAUACCUCAGGAAGAGGAACUUUGACCCAACUCUUCUUGUGGAUGGUCUAAGAGAUCAGCUCCUACAAGAAGAAAGAUUUAAAGGCGAUAUCAAAUCUGAAGUUAUUAACAACACAAAUAUUACUCUCCACAAUAGAUUUGAUAACAACGGUUCAAGAUCUCCUGACAGACACACUGGCUCUAGCUUCCGAAAAAUUCAAGCUAAGUACAUGUUUGAAGAACCAAAAUGGUUCCUCAUCAAGAUGAUUUUCUUGGUGGCUUUUCUGAACAAAGAUAAGAAGAAUCUUCGUGAAAAUGGGGAGUUUUCACCAUACCAGGCAAGCAAGAUCUUCAACGAGGGGUUUGACUUCUCCAGCCAGGAAACCAUCAAACCCAACUUCGUGAUCUCUACCAUUUUCAUUUUGAACGAAGUUCUGUCCAAGAUCUUGUGCUAUGAUGAUCACUGAGCUUAUGAUACUAGAAUUGGAGGGAAGCGGGGAUCGUUUUAUAAAUCAAAUUCCAAGGAAAUUCAGGAUAAAAUAACUAAACAAGAGACUUGUCAGCCCUUAGCACUCAUUGAUUUCCAUUGCACCAAAAAGGAUAACAAUCUCUGUCAAAGAGUUAGCCACAUAGAGACUAGCCAAGCUGAAGAUAUUGGAAUACAAGAAAGAAUUAGUAUUCUUGAAAAAUUUAAAAGUGAGUCUCCCCCAAGUCACCUCAAUAUCAAGAAGACUUUGUACCCAACUCCUGAUUUGUUAGAUAGCCAAGAAAGUGAAGAAGAGGAAGAAGAGUACAGACCUUUCAACAUCAUGAGGAAUUCCAGAGCUGAAAGAAUGGAGCGUUUCGGGAACAAAGCAAUGACACCAAGGGCACCUGACAGUCAUCACCCUGAAAAUAAAUUAAGCCAAGAGAGGAGAGACAAAUCUUCCGCUGCUAAGCUGAGGAGUUUCCAGAGGAAAAACUCCCUCAGAAGGGCUGCAACUUGUAACCAAAAUAGCACUGACGAUAGUACUAAAGGGCUCAAUAUUUCAUUUAAGAAUGAGUUAUACAAGGCAAAACAGGAGAAUAAAGCCUUAAGUGAAGCACUUGAGAAAUUAGAGAGCAGGCUAGCAGAUGAGACUGAAAAGUCCGAAGAUAAGGUCAAGAACCUUCAUAAAAGAAUAAAGAUAUUAGAGAAAGACCUCAAAACUGUAACUGAAAAUCUUGAAAUAGCUUCUGAUCUCAACCAAGACUUGGCUUCUAAUUUGAAGAAUGUGCUCAAGCAAUUAGAAAAGGCCCAACACAGGAUAAGUAAAGAUCUUGAGAUCAUAAACAGAAAUGAAGAAAAAUUAAAAGAACUCAACUCUAGGCAUCUUGAAGAUCUAUCUCAGUUAUGUAAAUACAGCGAUGAAAUUAAGAUACAUAAGAAAGCACUGCUGCUUAAAUAACAUUUAUUCGAACUAUUCUUGUUCUAGAACGGAUGCCAAUCCGUUCGUACCAGAGAGUUCUUGAAGCGUUCCCCCGCCUGAGAGCCUUCCAGAUGUGAAUCUUAAGCCAGGCCCAAUGAUUCCAACUCUCAAUUUAGAAAAUCUGAAUAGAAACUCAGUGGGUCCUAAUGGGAGGGUCCAAGAAGAUGAGAGAAUAUCUCCAACACUGAUAAAUAUAAAUAACUCAGAGCCUCCUAACUCACAGAUAGUGAGAGGUAUCUGUACUGAGACAAAAGCCACACAAACUGCUUCAAAAACAACAAGCGAUUGCCCAUCCUGUGAAGCUAAUAAGAAAAUAUUAUCAGACAUUAAUUCUGAUUGUCUUAAGCAAAGAUAUAAACGCUUGAAGGAGAGAUAUGAGCACUUGAAAGAGAAGUUUGAGAGGCAAGUUCUCAUCUCUAAAGGAUGUACGUGAACCAAACAAGUUAUUAAAUCUCAGAUAAUUGCUUGAUCCAAGUCCAAGCAAGAAAUUUAAUAUAUUAAAUACAACAAAUAUUCAUGC